UGUUUAUUUUGAAAAUUCUUCCAGCAAUCCAUAUCUCAUUAGGAGAAUUGAAGAACUUAACAAGACUGCCAAUGGGAACGUGGAAGCCAAAGUGGUGUGUUUUUACAGGCGAAGAGAUAUUUCUAACAGCCUUAUAAUGCUUGCAGAUAAGCAUGCUAAAGAAGUUGAAGAAGAGUCUGAAACUACAAUUGAGGUUGAUUUGACUGAUAAACAGAAACAUCAGUUGAAGCACAGAGAGCUUUUCCUUUCUCGCCAGUAUGAGUCCCUACCAGCAACGCAUAUCAGGGGAAAAUGCAGCGUUGCACUUCUGAAUGAGACAGAAUCUGUGCUGUCAUACCUGGAGAAAGAGGAUACCUUUUUUUAUUCACUGGUGUAUGAUCCAUCAUUGAAAACACUUUUAGCAGACAAGGGAGAAAUCAGAGUGGGGCCUAGAUAUCAAGCAGAUGUGCCAGACAUGCUUGUGGAAGGAGAAUUAGAUGACAGAGAACAGGCAAAGCUGGAAGUAAAAGUAUGGGAUCCAGAUAGCCCCCUUACUGACCGUCAGAUUGACCAGUUUUUAGUUGUAGCACGUGCGGUUGGCACCUUUGCUCGAGCCUUGGACUGCAGUAGUUCCGUCAGGCAACCCAGUUUACACAUGAGUGCAGCUGCUGCUUCCCGAGACAUCACACUGUUUCAUGCAAUGGACACACUGCAUAAACACAACUAUGACCUGAGCAGUGCCAUUGGUGUUCUGGUGCCACUGGGAGGGCCUGUCUUGUGUAGAGAUGAAAUGGAGGAGUGGUCAGCAUCAGAAGCUAGCUUAUUUGAAGAGGCUUUGGAAAAGUAUGGCAAGGACUUCAAUGACAUUCGACAAGACUUUCUCCCUUGGAAGUCGCUGACUAGCAUCAUUGAGUAUUACUACAUGUGGAAAACCACUGACAGAUAUGUGCAGCAGAAACGUCUGAAAGCAGCUGAAGCAGAAAGUAAAUUGAAACAAGUAUACAUCCCCACCUACAAUAAACCAAAUCCCAAUCAAAUAUCCAGCAACAAUGGGAAACCUGCUGCAGUCAAUGGAGCAAUGGGAGCUUCUUACCAGGCACAAGCCACAGUAAUAGGUCGGGCUUGUGAAAGCUGCUAUACUCCGCAGUCUCACCAAUGGUAUUCUUGGGGCCCUCCUAAUAUGCAGUGUAGGUUGUGUGCAUCUUGCUGGAUUUAUUGGAAGAAAUAUGGUGGCCUGAAAAUGCCCACACAGACAGAUGAAGAUAAGCUGACUUCCAGCCAACCUACAGAGGAGCCGCAUGUCCGAACGCACCUGUCGCGGCAGGCCACGCAGGGCACCCCGGUGCGGAACACGGGCAGCCCCAAGUCGGCGGUGAAAACGCGGCAGGCUUUCUUCCUGCACACCACCUGUUGGACAAAACUGGCCCGGCAGGUCUGCAAAAAUACCCUCCGGCUGCGGCAGGCAGCGCGACGUCCCUUUGUCCCUAUUAACUGUGCUGCCAUUAAGGCAGAAUAUGCAGAUCGACAUUGUGAACUUGCUGGGAAUCCUCUGAAGAUAAAAAGCACCAGGAAACCACUGUCAUGUAUCAUUGGGUAUUUAGAGAUACAUCCUGCUGUGAAACCCAGUGUAAUCAGGUCAACACCAAGCCUUCAAAGUCCAAGUGCAAAACGACUGCUUGCACCCUCCAACCACUCUUCAUUAAGUAUUUUGGGGAAAAGAAACUACAGCCAUCAUAAUGGGCUUGAUGAAUCAUCCAGCCAUACAACAAGAACAAUCAUGCAUGCUGCUCCCCACAUCCACAUGACUAAUGGGAAGGCCUUGCAAGCCAGUGCAAGUGCCAUUAAGACCAGCACCAUUCCAGUGAUCAAGAGACAGAGGCAAAAUUGGCUUGAUGCUUCAGAUGAUGGUUUCUUCAUAGCUACAGAAGAGACCAGUGCUGAAGCAGUUAGAAACCUUCUCACGAAAAAUCCGUAAGAAGUUCACCAGGUCACAGCUGAAAAGAGCUUCCAGAACACCUUGUUCUCCGAUCAUUGCAAAGACAAAGUCUCUCAUGAACAAUAGGCAGGCCCCAA